AUGCGCUUCACUGGAAUCUUCUCUGCCUUCGUCGUCGCUGCAUCUGCCGUCUCAGCGGCGCAGGUCGAGAUCGAGAGCCGCGACUCGAUCGGCGUGGCGCUCACUCUGACCGCCGCGAACCACUACGGCGCGCCGAUCCCCCCCUGGGAGGUCGGGUGCACGCCCGGGUGGUACUACGGCGCGGGCCUCAUCGGCGGAGUGGUCAUCCCCAUCCUCGACGGGGUGCUCUGUGCCGUGCUGGACCUGCUCCCCUUCGUGCUGCACUGCCCGCCGCCGUACCCGCCGCCCCCGCCCCCGCCGAACUCGCCGCCCAAGUACCGCCAGUCGUUCCACAACCUGACCUGCGCCGCCCAGGACUCGAGCUACCUCACGUACGGCCUGGUCGACACCGUCAUCGGGUGCCAGGCGAUGUGCGACGCGGUCACCGGCUGCAAGUUCUUCAACACGUACCACGACGUCAACGGCAAGAACGGCAGCCCCCAGCUGACCUGCGCGCUCUUCUCCGCUUCUUGCCUCGGCGCCAGCAGCGCGGACAACUGCGGCGGCCAGAAGCAGCCCGACGGCUCGACCGACUACAUCACCAACUCGGACGGCUACUGCCACAACUGA